AUGCGGAGAUGUGGCAAAUGUGAUUCUUUCAUUAAUAAAAUACUUUGUGCAUCCUCACAUCAUUGGCAAUAUAGACAUGCCAACGACAGCAGAAGAAGUAUAGAUAGCGAGAAGGGAAAAGAAACACACGGCGAUGCUCUCACCAUGUCACUUCUUCGCAUCGCCGUGUAUGGGAAAGACACAGCAGCAACUGCAACCAAGCCUAUAGUAACAAGGACAGAAACAACAAAAGAGACGAUGGCCUCACCUCAGGCGGAACAUCAACUUUUACGUGUAUUACUACUAAAAAGCCGACAACAAUCUGUUUCUAAACAUCAAGAGAGUAUUAUUACAAAAUCAACACCAUCAGAUCUUAAAACAUCAGUUGUAGAAGAAAAAGAAGUAGAAAUAACAACUUCUUCAGUUUCCAUUCCUUCUAUAGUUUCUCCUAAACGAAUGGGUUCAUGGUAUACUGCAUUUUCUCUUUUUAGUGAUGCUGUCCAACACUAUGGUGUUUUACCUUCUAUUGAGCAUAUAAAUGUACUAUUGGGAAUCACUAUUCAGGAACAGUGUUGGCGACAGAAGGAAUAUGUAGAGGAAUUUGUGGAGAAACUUCUUCUUUCUACACAUGUUAUGCGUAAAGAGAAAAAGACACAGUAUGAGGAAGGGCUUGCUGUUUCUAAUAAUAAUAAUAAUAAUAAUAAUAAUAAUAAUAAUAAUAAUAAUAAUAAUAAUAAUAAUAAUGAAGAGAAAACCCUUAGAGAGUUGGUUCAUGCAUUACAACCGACAACAGAAACUUAUGAUUGGCUUAUGACCGCUGCUGUCUCUCAAAAACGUUGGAAAGAAGCCCUCAUGUAUUUUCAGGAUGCACGUGAUGAAUAUUUGGCUGUGUCUGAUGUUUCACUUCGGCUUUUACUUGAGGCUUAUCGUAUUGGUGGAUUACAUUCCACAGUUAAUGUGCGUGAAAAGCGAAAUCCCACACCAUUGUUGGCAUUACAAACAAAUCAACGAGGUCCUAUGCUUCGUCAAGCAGCAGGCGUUAAUAACUCUGUUUCUUUUUCUUCUAAAGAGAAUAAACCGGAGGAAGUACGUUUUUUCUGGGAAUUAGCUCUUAUGGUGUUUUCCUCCUUUCGACAUCGUGUACGGGAGAGUAGUACAAUGGCAUUCUUUAUAUUAAUGAUGGCAGAAGCAGGUCAACAUCAAGUAGUGUUAGAAACAUAUCGUGAUUGUAUUCGUAGUAUUCCCCUUAGUGAAGAGGUGAUUAUGCUUGUCAGUAACUCCUCACGUGAGCUUGGUGAUUGGAAUAUGUGUUUAUCUCUACUUCAACAAGUCAUUACAUCUCAUACGACUGUAGAUCAGAGAUUUAUUACCACUUUAUUAGAGGAUACCUUAUAUGUACUUAGAAGAACACAGCAGUAUAAGAAGAUUUUGCAAUUACAUGCGGAAUUAUCAUUUCUUGUAUGGUCUCCUCGUGCUUUACUCGUAGUAGCACAAGCUGCCAUGGCUCAGAGAGAACUCCCAUUGCUUAUUAGACUUCUUGAAGAAACUACAGGAACAACAUCAGCAACAACAAAAGAAGAAGGUACUAAUAAUAAUAACAAUAGUUAUAAUGAUGAUAUACAUCCAUCAUACGCCAUAGAUAAGAUUACUCAUCAUACAUUUUGGCGACAAGGUUCAUUAAACCGAAUAGUGUCCAUCCCUUUAGAAAUGUAUGAUGUAGUACUUCGUGCUAUUCAAAUUGAACUUAUUCACCGUCACUUUUAUUCAGAAUCUCCUGAUUCUUCAGCAUCUAUGAUAUCACGCCAAAGUACAUUUCAAGAUCUCAUUGCAUUAUCUAUAUCUGUUUAUGAACAAUUCCUGCAUGUUGCAAGGCGUCAGCUACAUAUACAUGAGAAUAAUCUUUCUGAAACUUCUUCCUGUGUUUACAUGCCACUUCUCCGUUUAUUAGAUUCCUCCAGUGAAAAAAUGGAUGAUACAAGUUAUUGUACAAAUCAAAGAUUUCAAUCAACAUGGGAGGCGGCUCUCUCGUAUGUGUCACUAGUUCGCAAACCGGAUGCUGUUGUAUUCACUCUUAUUUCUCAUUUAUUAUAUAAACAUCAUCAGUGGGAAGCGGCGAUGGCUGUAAUGUCAUCUUUUAUUCAUGAAGAAGAAACAAGAUGGGAUACUGCAGCUUUAACAGCAACAGCGGCAUUACGUCCUGAUCAAGGGAAGAUGAUUGAAUCUCAUGAAAAGAUAAAAUCUAUGCAUUUUAACUGUACAUCCGUAACGGCAGUGGCGGUUCGUUAUGUUGUGUGGAGUGCGUCUCGUCAGCCGUCAGCGGCACUACAUCUCAUCCAACAGGCCUUUACACGUGGAUGGAUUGAUAGUACAAUGGCGGUGCAACUGCUUGAAGGUAUUAAACGCGAGGUAGAUGAUGUGCAGCCGCAAAGAUUAAAUAAUAAUAAUAAUAGUGCUACUACUAGUGUUAUUAAUGGGGAUGAUACAUCGUUGAUGUUGUUGUACUCUCCUGUAGAUGCUGUUCGUGCUCUCAUAGAACUCAUUUCUCUCUAUAAUGGUGGAAAGAAUUACUCAGGAACUUUAAGACCUCUCUUCUUUCAUGCAAUGCACCUUUUACAAUUACUUCAAACACAGACAGAGCCACCUACAGCCGCCUUCUAUACUUUACAAGGACGCCUUGUUGGAAUAUUUAGAGAAUUAACGAGAGGAAAUUGGAAAGAUCAACAACGUUCGGAAAUUGAACUAGCUGUGGUAGUUGUAUUACAUGCGGUAUGGCAACAAGUGAGUAUAUCACCUGUAAGUCGAUGGACAUUGUGGCAAGAAUGUUUGAAUUGUUUACAUUGGCUUCGUACACCAUUAGUCCAUGAUAGUAAAUGUGUAUUAAAAGCGAAUGAAGUCACACUGCAAGUCUUGCGUGCCUUUAUACGGCGAUGUGAUGCGGCGGAAGAACCAUUUGUGGAAGGUGUUGUGGUGAAUUGGUUGUUAGCGGACGCAUCUCCAUCAUGUGUGGAGACACUCUUAUCCUUAUUAAAUACAUCCAUCUAUAUUGGGGAUCGUGUAAUGUCAACAGCAUUGGAGUUGUUGUUGGAUGCACUUGUUUGGAGUAGUCGUCACCGACGAAAACGUUUACUGCGGUAUCUUCUACAUAUUCUACAUCCACUUUUAUCACGGCUUCUUCAGAAGGAAAUGAAUACUUCAGCUGUUAUGCAGAAUUAUGUACAUUCCGAUACGUUAACGGCAAUAACUAUUGUAGUUCAGUGUAUUACGAGUGGUCCUCAUAUGGAGGUUUUGCAUGAUUGGCCAUUGAUUCAACAAUUAUUAUUACAGUUAAUCCAAACACGUGAGUUUACAUCAUCAAAGAGUCAAAUAGGAGGAGUAAGUAUACUUGCAGAAGGUUUAACAGCUGUUUUGGAUAAAUUACGUCGUACAUUUCACUUUCUUAUUAUGAAAAUCUCUCUAGAUGCUCAUCGUCAACGUAGUAAGAUAAGUACUGUUAACGAUAAAGAUAUUGUAAAAGAUAUGGAAAAAGAAGUGGAAAGUUCAGCAUUGGCAUUUAUGGAUAUUUGUGAAACCUUUAUACAACGAAUUUUUACUUCUCUAGGUAGUGAUGGGGUAAAACCAAAAAAAGAUGAUGGUGUUAAUAAAAGUAUUGAAAAAGUUUUAAACUGUGUUUGGGAUAUUAAUUAUACCUUAUAUGUAUGGUAUACAUCCUUUACGUUCUCUGAGUUUGGGAAAAGUAUGUUAAAACGUAUUCAAGAUCGUUAUCGCUGGUUACUUUGUUCACAGGUUUCACUAUUACCUGCAUCUCAUACAACUCCUCAGCUUGUAGAACGAUGGUUAAUUGUAAUGAGUAGUAAUGAGGAUAUAUUUACAAUAAGAACAACAAUAACAAAAAGAAGAGGAGGAGGAGGAAGAAGAAGAAUGAUAAAGACUGUGGAUGGGAAAAAAUCUUCCGUUACAUUAGUGAAUGAUAUUACAACCUUAGAAGCAUGGCAAGGAUGUCAUUCCAUUGCAUUUUUGUAUGGGAAAACAUUACAACAAUUUAUUCUCCCACUUGUACUGGAAGCUAUUCAUAAUAUUACAAGUGUAGUCUCCAGUCGCUCUUCCAUUACUUCUCUCUCUUCAAUGUCUACUACUAUUACUACUACUACUACAGGGUCUGCAACUCUUAUGCGAGAGAAACUCCCUCCACUUGAGAAUGGUUUAUCCCCACAAUCCCUCUUUACAGAUCACAUGAAUAUUAUUUUACCCUUCCAAUUGCGAGUCCUGCAGGAGGCUGGGUGUACUCUUAUUUAUAUGUUGUUGUGUGAAGGACAAGCCGAACUACCACAAAUGAUGAGUAAAGUGAUGUCAUGGUCAUCGUGUCCACGUGCAUUAUUGGCUUCUAUUAUGGAAGCCGUGCAGUCCACAUCGCGUGAGGCAUUAAAAGCCGCAUGGGCCUCUUCUUCACUUGUUCAUGUGUUUAACUUGUUAGCUGCACAACAACGGUAUUGGGUAUCUGUAGGAGUAGUAAAUGAAUCUGAGGAGAGUCAAGCAGCUGCAUUAAUACGACUUUUAACCACAUCUCCUCUUAUUCGAUCCAUUGCUCGUAUGGAUGAGGGAAUAUGUACAUCGGCACUAUUGGCAUUAGCGGUAGGGGAUGUUAAGGGAGAUGGUAAAUAUGCUACGAGUAUCCGACAGACAUUAUGUCGAUUCCUUUCUGCUUUUCCAAAAAUAAUGGAGAAGAAACUACUACAAUUAUUCCUUCAAUCUCAGUUAUUUGAAUCUCAAUUAGGUGUGAUUGAUGAACUUGUACAACACCUUGCAUUUGAAAGUAUUUCAUCUGUAUCUUUUUAUAGUCCUGCAUUAAUGAGGGCUACCUUCAUGUGGAUUUUACUCCGCAGUACAUCUACAAUGGAAAAUUCCAUAUCCUAUACAGAUCUAUUGGAAGAAGAUGUUUUUACCGAAAUGAUGUUCUCACGUAAAUCAUCUUCUUCAAUGGAUAAUUUUAGGAAAGAUACAAUAAUACAAGAGAAAUUCUCUACGGUUUUGUUAAAGUCUCAAUCCUUAAGAAAAGGUGGAAUUUUGUAUUCCGUUUCCUUGAAAAAAGUAUUGGGAUGGGAACAUGUAUGUCAGUUACUUUCUGAUGUACGUCAAGUUGAAGUGGCAGAUAUAGAUUUAAAUGGAGUCUUUUUUACAGUAAUGGAAUUAUACAAACCUUAUGUACCGCGUGAAUGGAGAAAUGAAUUUAUUACUCACCUCAUGGAACGAGAGAAACGUCAUCGUUCUUGUGGUAAUCGUAGUGAUUCUCAUAUUUCCUUAAUGAAGGAACUUGUGGAACAAUUUGUAUGUACGAAUUCCUUAUUAAGAGAUUCUAUAUUUUCAAAUCAGUCCAUCAAUCUGUUAGAACUACGAGAAAUGGGUGAAAAGGUGUGGGAAGUUCUUCUUCAUACUACUAUAAGUGGAGGAAAUAAAGAAGCCCAUGUGCAUGUUAAUGUGUGGAAAUCUGUAUUUACGCUUCUUCAGCAGAUGCUGAAAAAUCGUACUUUAGUACAAGAGACAUUUGUUAUGAAAAUAGCAAAAGGACGCACUUCUCUAAGUUGUUUGAUAAUGGAACGUUUUAUUGUAAAAUUAAUUCAGUACGGUGUACAAGAUUCCUCAACAGCAGAGGAUCAAUUUUAUAAAAUUGAUCUCUCAUUUGUGGUUUCUUCAUUGUUAUUGCUUAUGGAAUUAGCAGAACCUGGUUUGGGUAUCUACAUUGCUCUUCACAGAUUGUAUGAUAAAGUCUUUAUGUAUGAAGAAGAAGGAAAAAAAGAGGACUUCCACAAUACAGAUAAAUCUAUUCUCACAGUAUAUCAUCAUGAUGCGUACCGAUCUCUUCUUAAAUGUGAAGUACGGUUUUUAAUGAUACCACAGUUAAUGGAUGAUGAUUAUAACUAUGGUGGAAUGAUUAGUAGUAGUAGUAGUAGUAGUAGUAGUAGUAGUAGUAGCAAUGGAAAUGAGAAAGGAAAGGUUUGGAAUGCUCUUGCCAAAACAGAUGCGGUAGUUAAUCUUCUUUUUUGUUUUAUCUGUCAAACUGCCCUCUGUGUGAUAUCAAGCAAAGAGAGAACUAUCUAUGAAGAAAAAGAAAAAGGAGAAGAAGAGGAGUUUCUACGUCUACUCGCUCUUUGCGGGCGACGCGUUGCCUCCUCCGUACUUCUUCUCUUCUCAUCUGAAGUAAAAGAGAUGCAUAGUUCACUACGGCAAGAGUAUAUAAAUCAUGUGAAAUGCACGGUAAGGCAUUUGGUACAAUCUGUAUUAUUAAUGGGGGCGUGGAGGGAUAUUUAUUGGUUAGCGUCGCAUCUAUUAACUUCUCUAGAGACGGGAUUACUCUGCUGGAAAGAAGAGGAACAGCAGCAAGAGUUUGUGUCUUCACUGUUGUGGGUUAUUGGGUUAUUACCCGCCAUGGUGGCGGCCUCUGUGCGGGUGAGCAGCAGUCUGCAAUUGCAGAUCCAAGCAUUGGUUGAGGCUCUACCGUUACCCCUCCUUCAAAAGAUCUUUUCACUCGGUAUCAUUGUUUUGAAUGAUGAGCAUGAGGAUGAAAUUCAUAAUAAUACGAAUACUAAUAAUAAUAAUAAUAAUAAUAAUAAUAAUAAUAAUAAUAAUAAUAAUAAUAAUAAUGAGGCGCAACGACGACUUCUUUACCGAUUUCUUGUAAAGUUUCAACAAAAGAUUUUGUUAAGGGCAGAAAAUGUACUGCGAACAAAAGGAAAACGAGCGACAUCUAAUUUUGAACGUAUCUCGUUAUUACAACCGCUAGUACAAUUGGGAAUGUUAUUAAAGGUACAAAACGCAGAUGAUAUUCAAACAGAAAACCUCCGAAUGUCAUUCUUCUUUUUCCUUACAGAUCAUCACUGGUUGAAACUGGUAGAGGCUGUAAAAGAAGAAUGUAAACAAACUUCUGAAUCAUGGAUUUCACAUAAAAGAGAUACCAUGAUGAUUUCAUCAAAACCCAUGAAUUGGGAACAAGCUGUAGCGUUACUAUGGUCACCUUCAAGUCAAGAAGUUAUUCAAACCCUUUCUGAAGAACAUCGUUAUGGUAAUAAUAGUAGUAAUAGUAGUAGUAGUAAUAAUAAAGGUAAUAAUGAAAAGUAUCGACAUGUACGAAAUGCUCUACAUGUUUUACAUACUUCAAUUUUAUCAGAAAAAGUACCAUGGCAAGUUUCCUUGGAACUUUUUUGCCGAAAAGAUGGUCCACCACACACCACACUUGUGAUUCCUACUUUUUAUUCUGAACUUGUGAUUCAGCAUUCUCCUUCCUGGAUAAGUGCAUUACAUCUCUUUGAACAUUCUCUCUCAAGAGUGACACAUCCUACUAAAGUACAGCAGCUUUUGGCGUACUUAACGCUUUAUCGUAUGCGUACAGAUCCUUUCUGGAGUAAGAAGGAAGAAAUAUCAUUAAAUCAUUAUACACACGGAAGAGGCUCUACUAGUGGUGGACUAGAUGGAGGAUUGCUUUCUUGGAAAGUUGCCUGUUGGUAUUAUUAUCAAUUAACUCAAGAUGUAGCAGCUCCACCUUUGCCACAGCGAAAUAUGAUUGAGAUUUUACGUCAUUGUGUUUUUGAGCCUUCAGUUGCCUUAUCAAUGUAUAAUGAGUAUUGGAAACAAGGAUACCGUCGUACAGAAGGUGUAAAUGUUUUUCUAUCCCUUUUUCGAGCAGCUCGUUUAGCACGGAGUGAGGAACUAGCGUUAAAGGCAAUAUGGGAUUAUAUUCAUUGUUGUGAUGAUCAAGAUCGAGUUAAAUCUGAAACUCAUGGUGAUUCUAUUAGAUAUCAUGUAUUCACUGAUGAAGGGAACGCGACUUUAUGCCGUUCUUUUCUGCAAAUGUGUGUAAGUGGUGUGGUUUCACCUCAGGCUGCAGCGGAGGUAGCAGUGGCAUUGAAGCAGCGAGGUCGUAUUGGUGAAUUUGAAGAAGAAUUAUUAUUAUUAAUUCGAUCAAAAGCUGGAAAUCGACACCGUAAGUCUUAA